AGAUCUUCGUUCUUAGCUCCACCCCGCUCUAUUCUUACGUUCAUCGUCGUUUCCGUCAGCUUGUGUUGCCUUCGCCCUCCAUCCCCCCCUCCAUCUGCUGCGCAGCCAAACCCAGCUCGCUCCUCGCGUGCACUUGGCUCCCUGUUGCCCCUCCUGCUACUGCCCCACCUAGCAAGACAAGCGCAUCACCGCAGCAGUCGAUUCGCCGAUUUUCACGCGUUUUCGCCGCUAUCAGCUCCAUCUGUAAAUUCCCAUUCUCCCGUGGCAUAUGUUCGUUGAACCGCCAUGGCAUCGCGAGUCAUUCUGUCGCAGGCGCGGGCAGCGGGCGCGAAGCACGCCCCGCUCUCCGACAACCUCAUCGCGCAUCUCCUCCGCCCCUUGAAGAACCCGCCCGCCCCAUCCCCUGCUGCCACUAACGCCGCAUCCGCCGCGUCAAAAUUCGCGUCCGCCGCCGAUUCCGCCAGCUUUUCCUCCCCGCAAGCACCGACCCCGCAAUCCCCCGCUCUUCCCGCGUCUGACCCCGAUCGCCCCUACCGCAGCCAGCUCAGCCGCAGGCCCGCUACAGCCGCCGCAUCAGCUAUUUCGCCGGCUGUAGUUUCUCUGCUUCUGAACAUCCAGCCCGCGCCCAAGCCCACAUUCGUCGGCUCAAUUCUCGACACGUGCGCUGCUCCCCCCGCCGAUGAUACUAUCCCCGUCGUGUCAUGGGCUAACGUGCUGCCUGCUAGCGAUGCCGCUGCUGCUGCGGGUGAACAGGACGUGGCAGAUGCCGCCGAUUGUGCCCCGCUUGUCCUUCCGCUCCCCGUGCUGACAGCCGCCGCUGCUAGCUCCUCUGCCGGCCCCUCCCGUCGCCGCCCCCUGUCCGCCGUUGAUUCCCCUAAGCCGCGAGGCGCGGGUGCGGCAGCGCCGAGGGGCGUGCAGGCGAUAGUGGACGACAUUCUCAGCGGCCGCACCAAGGACUGGCGCAAGGACUCACCUCGUGCUGCCGCUGCUGCCGCUACCGCGCCCCGUCCCGUCGACGAUUCCGCCGCUGCGCCACCCGCCGCAACUGUCGCUGCUGUCACGGCGGCCCUCCGCGCGCCCCCCACUCCGAAAUCUACCGCCGCCUCCUCUACCGCCGCAAAACCCGUUUUCGCAGCGGCUGAUGCCGCGGACUUCCCCGCAUUGCCCGCCGACGUCAUCCUCCCAGACGUGUUCCCCCUCAUGCCCUCCCCAAUCGCCUCUCCGAAAGCCGCCCCUUACUUCACCGCCCUUACUAACUCCGCGACCCCUCCGCCCAUUAACACCUCCCCCGAACCCACCAUUGGCUCCGGCUCCUCCGAUGCAGGCCAGAACGUGCAGUUCACCAUCGGCUCCCCCCUGGACGAGUUCUUCUCCCCCGAUGCUUCCCCGCCCGCCAGGCUUUCCCCUCCCAUUUCCGCGCUGGAUCAGGGCGAUUCCGCCCCCAUGCUUACUGCCGCGUCACCUUCUGCUGCUACCGUCGCUGCUGCAGGGGUGUACCACCACCCGCACUUCCUGGAGGCACAGGACGGCAACACGGGACGCCCUGCUCGGCGCAGCAGCAAGGGCAAGCAGGUCAAGGACGGUGAGGCCAAGCCCGCUGCUCGCAGUGCUGACCGCAAUGGAACCAAGAAAAGCAAGGCAGGAGGUUCGGCGGAGGCGGAUGAUUGGGUGAGGAGGAAGCUGGAGCAGCCGCAGACUUCAGUGGGACAUGGCCGUGGAUUGGAUGGGAAGAAGGCUGGGAAGGCUGGUGGGAAGAUGAGCACUACGGUUGCUAUUGGUGCUCCAGGAGGGGUGGUUCGCACACUGGAGCUCUACCUACCUUAUUCCACUGCAGCCAAUAACCCAACCACUAAUGGCCCUGUUAUUGGGGCUGUGGCGCCCAGUGGACCUCGUGUGCCUGAUGGCACCCGUGGUUUCACUUUUGGCCGUGGGAAGAGUCUCGUUUAGUGAGACAAUGCACCUCAGCUGUUUGACCUUAUACAUGCUGUAGCUAAGGUUAUAAAAUGCUACAUAUAAUAGAUCAAUCUUGUAUUUGCUAAGGUUUUGGCUCAUCGUUAUUCAUAUUCUAG